AUGAUUGUCGAUCGGUCAACACAUGCAGGUUUCAAGCCAGAAAAGCCAACGCUGUUUGGGGUCAUGGUCAGCAACUGUGCGGCCCGGAACCGCUGGGUGCUGUACAAGAAAGGGCUUGAGGGCGAGGUGGACAUUGCCCCGCCCAGGCUGCUGGGCGACAAGGGGACGAAGAGCCCUGCCUACCUGGCGCUCAACCCGCAGGGCAAGAUGCCGGUGCUGGUGCUGCCCGACGGCCAGGCGCUGCCUGAGAGCGCGGUCAUCGAGGCCUAUCUGCUGGACAAGUAUGCCGGGGUGGGGCCCAGCCUGCUGCCGCCCACGCCGGAGGCGCGGGGCCGCGCCGCGCUGGCCUCCCAAAUCCUCGGCCUCUACAUCACCCCCAUCCAGGGCUGCAUGUAUAAGCAGAUGGAUGCGACGCAGCGCUGCGACCAGCUGCAGGCCAUUGCUUUCCAGAUGGAUGUGCUGGAGGGGGUGAUGGACCCUCAGGGGCCCUUUGUGGCGGGCUCGGAGAUCAGCUUUGGCGACUGUGCGCUGUUCCCCACCUUUGUGUUCUUCACAGAGAUCCUUCCCAAGCACUUUGGCUGGGCCAGCGUGUUUGAGGGGCGGCCCAAGCUGGAGCGGUGGUGGGCCGAGGUGCAGAAGGAUCCCGAGGCGGCGCGGGUGAUUGCAGAGAUGCGGUCUGGGCUGGCGGACUGGGAGUCCAGCAAGCGGUGGGACACGCUUGGGAUCUCGGCGCAGGUAGCGGACGGCUCGUUCAACUGGAGCUGCAACUGA